GGGGGAAGAAAGGCGAGGGGGCUGCGGCUGAGGCUGCGGCUGGGGCUGCGGCUCAGACUGCGUCAGCGUUGCCUAGAGAGAGAGAGAGAAAGGCAGACAGAGCCCCGGAGCCGGUGCAGCCACCCGGCGGUGCCAGCUCCACGGCGGGCUCUCUUUCCUCGCUGCCAUGCUCCAACUGCCCCUGCUUCCCCUUCUGCACUGCCUCGGCUGCAGCGCCUGGCUGUUGCUGCUGGCGGGGCCCAUAGCCUCGUCGGCCAGCCCUGCCGACGACAGUGGCAGGAGAGGGGACUCCUCAUCCUCGGGGAGCGACGAGGUGCAGCGCCAGCCGCACGAUUCGUCGUACGGCACCUUCGCCAGCGAGUUCUAUGACCUUCGCUACCUGUCCGAGGAGGGUUAUCCCUUCCCUACUGCUCCUCCUGUGGACCCAUUUGCCAAAAUCAAAGUGGAUGACUGUGGAAAGACUAAGGGGUGCUUUAGGUAUGGGAAACCAGGAUGUACUGCAGAAACCUGUGAUUAUUUCCUUAGUUACCGCAUGAUAGGAGCUGAUGUAGAAUUUGAACUAAGUGCUGACACUGAUGGUUGGGUAGCAGUUGGAUUUUCCUCAGACAAGAAAAUGGGUGGUGAUGAUGUCAUGGCCUGCGUUCACGAUGAUAAUGGCAGGGUCCGAAUACAACACUUUUACAAUGUUGGUCAGUGGGCCAAAGAGAUCCAGAGAAACCCUGCCAGAGAUGAGGAAGGUAUCUUCGAAAAUAAUCGUGUGACCUGCAGAUUUAAACGUCCUGUGAAUGUUCCCAGAGAUGAAACAAUAGUGGAUCUUCAUUUGAGCUGGUAUUACUUAUUUGCUUGGGGACCAGCAAUCCAAGGAUCUAUAACUCGGCAUGACAUAGAUUCACCACCUACAUCAGAGCGCGUUGUCAGUAUUUACAAGUAUGAAGACAUUUUUAUGCCAUCAGCUGCCUAUCAAACCUUCUCUUCUCCAUUCUGCUUGCUUCUUAUUGUUGCACUGACCUUUUAUUUAUUGAUGGGAACCCCAUAACCACAGCAGCAAAAUGAAAAGAACAUCUUGUGGAUUAAUUGGAAAUUCUUCAUUGUGAAUGUGUUUUCUAGUAGAAUUGAAUAUAAUUGUUUCCUUUAAAAAAUUGUUCAUUUUUAGCAACUUGUCAGAAGAAAGUUAUCUAGCUUAUCUUCUAUGUAGAAGAGAUUUGUGCUAAUAAUAAUACCUUACAUUUAUAUAGCAUUUCUUUCUCAUCAAAGAACUUUCACAUACAUUAUUUCAUUUGUUCCUCACUACAGCCCUGAGAAGUAGAUAGAGCAAGGAUUAGUAUCUCACCAUUUUACAAAUAAGGAAACUGAGACCCAGAGAAAUUGAAUAAAUUGACCAUAGACACACAGAUAGUUUAUGAAAGACCCAAAAUUUGAAGCAAGAUCUUUGAACUACUCUUUCUUGUUGGUUCCACAAAAGUUGCUUAAAUAUCACCAGAAAUUAUACAUUAAAUUGCUGUGAAGUCAUAAGGCCAUUAGACCAAAAGUUGACCUUUUAUCCAAAAAGACUUCUAAAAGUCAACAGAAUACAAGUGCUUUCAAAAUAAUGAUAUUGAUGAUGAAAGGAAGAAAAGGGAUAUAAUAAUGUGUUAUUAUAGGUCCAAAGCUGCUUUUGGAUAUAGGCAACUCUCCUAAAAUGAGUCUUUGAAAAUAGGAAAACAUUAUAUAAAUAUAAAUUGAAGAAAAUUCACAUGAUUACCACAUUGAAAAUUACUGUUUUAUUUUUAUUUGAAUACAAUUAUUUAUGUCACUUUAAUUGUCCUUCUCUUACUAAAAGUAAGAGACCACCAGAUUUGGGGAGAAAGGGUGACAGAUAAUUCAAAUCAAAAUAGGAUAUUAACUUAUUUCCAGCUCCCCUUCUCAACAGCAAAGAGCAAAAUGUUUUUUUACCUUUAGUGAGACAAUAGAAAAAAAUGAAAUUAUAUUAUGGAUUGAAAAUAGUAAUUUUUUACAUUUUGAACUUAAUGGAUCAUAUGAUUACUUUAAGAAACUAAGAUGUUCAUUUAUAAUUAUCUUUAAAUUGACAAAAAGUUGUAAUUUUUAGAUCUAAAUGACCCUGUUAUCAAAGUCAGAACUCAUUUCAAGGGAGUCCAGUAGACUGAAGCAACUUAAAAUAUGCGUUUUGUUUCAAGAUCCAUUCAAGAAUAAUUCACAGUUAUAUCAUGGAAAUGGUGCUACAUGAAAGUAAGUGUUUAUUUUUGAUGAAAAGUUUUCUAUUUCAUCAGGAAGUAGAAAAAUAAAUGGUGAGACAAAUAUACCAAGAACUAUUCCACUAAUUGCUUUGAAUAUAUACAUAUAUAUAUAUAUGUGUGUGUGUGUGUGUGUGUAUGUGUGCUAGACAUCCAAUAUAAUAAUAAUAAUGCUUUGACUAUUUCAUAUGUAAAUGAGAAGCAUCUGUGAUUUUUGUCAGCCUGGAACUUCUCUUCCAGGAAUUCCACCCAACAACAUGCAUCAUAAACCAUAACCAUCUAUCACUUAAGAAAAAUUCUGUGGAGUUACUCGACACAUAGUUGUCCAAGGCAUAAAAAUACUUGGCCAGGGUCAUAAAAUAGGCAAGUGUCAGAGGAGGAUUUGAAAUCAGGUCUUCCUGACUCCAACUUGUCAUUUCUACAAUAUUGACUUCAUAUGUGAAUAUACAUCCAUAUAUGUAUAUAUUAAUAUCCCUAAGUACUUCCUGUAACCUGUCCUCAUUCAAUGUCUAUUUAAAAGAAAGAUAUUUGUAUUAGUAAUUUUCAUUGUAGUAGUCAUGCUUCACAUUAAUGUCUUAACCAAGGAAAUUUAUUAGCAACCUUGGAAUUUAUGACUUUUGUGAGAUCUUGCUAUGAUGACAUCUUUAUAGUUUUUCUGAUAGCUAAAUCUCUUUAAACUGAGUCCAAGAAGAACACUCAUUAUUACUCAAAUUCUAGGUUAGAAGUUAUGAUAUGAGACUAUGAUAUGUUUGGCCUCCUUUACUCUUUACAAAAAAAAGAAAAAAGUUUUUAGGAAGAUUUUCUGUUUUCUUUUCUGUUUAGAUUAAUACUUGUAAUGUUGAAUUAUAUAAAUGUUACUGCUAACAUGUCUGAAGUAGGGAAGAAUAAUUAGUAAAUUCAUGAAUUUUCCUCCCAAUUACAUUUCAAAGCAAUAAGUGAAUUGUUUUAUUUAUUGACAGCUUCUGCUUUGCUUACAGGUCACUUCUGUAUAGAGUUAGGAUGUCACAUGUAUGUUUUCAUUUCAUACCUAUAAACCCAUCUCAGCCAACAACUUCAUAUAUAUAACAUCUGUGAUCAACCUGCAAAGAAACAUUUUUUAAACAGUUAGCUUGAUCUUAAAGCAUCAACAAAAGGAUCAUUUAUGAGUUUACUAAAUGAACUUUCCUACUUUGGACAUUAGCUGGCAUAUGAAUGACAUCAUUAUUCAGUAACAUGAAUUCACAAGAUAAAGAUAUUAAGUAAAAACAGUUGGACAGCUUCCUAAAUUAAAAGAACUAGCUACUGACAAAUAUAAAAAUGUACACAAUAUGUCUCUAUAUAUAUUUAGUAAGAACUUAAUGAAUUAAAGUCCCACUAACCAGAAUCUUCAAUUAGUAGGGAUUUGUUUUUGGUUUUCUAUCUAGCAAAUCAGUGUACAGAGAAAGUUGAAAAUGAAAGAAAAUGAACUCAUAUCAGCAACUUAAAACCAACUUCCAGAUAAUUCCCAAGAUUAAUUUGAUUCAAACCAUUGCCCUACAAAAUUUAAAACUUUAAAACCUAUAAAAAAUUUAUUUCCUUUUCCUUCAAAAUAUUGAUCAUUAAAGAAAGACUCAAUAACAUUCAGUGUAUUCUACUUGCAUAAGGCAGGAAAGAGGACUACUGCAUCUUGAAAAUAUUUUCAACAAGUACUAAAAUAACUCAAUUUAACCAGAACAUCUGUUCUUAAAACCUUCUAGUUAAAUAAGGGUUUUCUUUAUUUUUGUUCAAACUUAUGACUUCAUUGGCAGAAGGAACUCCCAGUGAGGAAACUCACUCUAGCAAUCCAGAUGGGCAAUUGUUCUACAACUCAAUCUUAGUGGGAGGCACAGAGAAAUUAAGUGAUUUGCCCAGGGACACAACUGAUAUGUAUGAAUCAGGUGCAGGACUUGAAUGAAAGUGUUCUUGACUCUGAGGGCAGAUCUAGGACAUCUCUAUCACUCUGACUCGUUUAAUUGAUGGAGUUUUAUCUCAGAGUAACUAAAGUAUCUCUAAGAUAAAGACAAAACUUGGAUUAAUAAGUAUGAACAGAAAAUUAUGAUUAUCAAUUUAUUCAUUAGCAUUCUUUUUUUUAUUUUAUAGGACAAUUAUUUGUUUGCUUAAGCCAAAUCCUAUGCUUACAAGCAAACUAUUUGUCUAGCUACCACUAGGGGGAGUGUGACUUUUUUUACCUAGAGUCAUCACUCCUUCACUUUUGGGCUAAGUAGUUAAAUUCCCCCCCAAAAAAAGUCUAAUUGCCCCUAAAAUUCUAAUAAACUAAAAAUAACUAUCUUCCCCAGUAAUCAGACUUUCUGACUCAGCGCGAAUGUAAAUUUGUUUAGGGUACCAUUUGAACUCAUGCACAUACUACAAGACUAUACAAAUUAUACUCUCUAAUUGGCUCCCCAUCCUACUUUCCAGCUUGGGCUGAGGGGAAACAGUCUACCCUUCCUUUAGAACCUGUGAUCUUCCCUCUUGUUUCCUCCCUGUGCACAUAACUACCAAUGCAAUCGGUUCAUGUUUUUACCAUCGCUGUUUAAAUGACAUAAAAACUAAAUGAACAAUCAGAAGAUAGUUCAUCUGAAAUCUUACUAUCUAGAACCGCAAUGGAUAGGAAACAAAAUUGACUUUCCCUCUCCUUCUAUAUUGUUUCUUGUCCCCCUCACUACCAGGGGGUAAGGGAAGAAAUUAAUCCAUGGGAACUUUUUUUUGGACUAGUAAAUUAGAAGCAGUAUAUGUAGUCAGUAGCAGAGAAAAGGAAAACUAAAGUAUUAAAGACCAGAUAGGGACCCUCUAUAAUCUUCUGUGAGUCUAUCUCCAUUAUAUUUUUAUCCUUCACUCACAGCUAUCCUUAUGCUCUACAAAUGAACAGUCCAGAACAGAGUCCUAGAAAGGUGUUCUAGAGGAAAUGAUCCCAUCACCUCUGUGCGGUGUUUCACCUCUCUGGCCACCCUGUUGUUUUUUCCUUCCCUAAAGUUUAGCCAGAGGCAAAGGAAAGACUAAAACAAAAGUCAGGAAAUCUUGAGUAGUUUACAUGACUUGCUAGCAAAAGAAAAAAUUCUGUGGGCAUGGCAAAUCCAGGUUGCAUUCUUCCCUAGGGCCAGAAAUUUUGUAGCCUCUUUUAAAACCACUUAAGUACACUUGAUCUCUGCAAAUAUAUAUGCUUGUGAUAUAUGUAUAUAUCACAACCAUCAAGAUAAACAUCAGCAUUUUUAAAAAUAAGAAUUAUUAUCCCAGGAUCCUGAAUGAUCAUCCCAUGGUACUAUUACCUAAAAUUCAUAACAGCAUCACAUUCGAUAGACAUAGGACAGGAAUCAGAAUCAUUUGACAAGCAGUUUCAAUGACUCAGUCCUUAAGUUUUAUUCAGGACAUAUUAUUUUAGUAUAUCCUGGUAGUAUAAGUAUACUCAUAGCAUAUCAGAAAAUAUGCAUAAAUAGGAAAAAGGUAGAAAUAAUGCUAUAGAUAGGCUUGUAUAAUAAUAAAAAUGCAUGCACAUUAGCAUAUAUGCAAGUAAGCAGCAAAAUAAUAAGCUAACAUAUUUGCUAUACUACAUGUAUAACACUAACAUAUAAACAGUAAAAAAAAUGUAACUCAAAACAUGCAGUAAUUAACAUGUGCAUAAGUAAACAAACAGUUAAAAACACACUCAUCAUAUGGGCAAACAUUAGCAUUAUUGUCUGGCUGAAUAUAUAACCAUGUCUCCAGUUUCACCAAUAGCACCAAAGUUAGUUUGUUCUUAUAUUCUGCUAUUCUUUCUGGCCCUACACCCGAGUUGGUUAUUGGUGAUCAUCAUCAUCACCAUCAGAUCUGUAGGUCUCUUUUACUGUUUUGAACAUAUUGAGGGAUUUAAUCUAGCUCUCAGCAUUUCUAGGCUCUAUGAAUUGUCCUCUGGAGCCUAGAAAUCUCUAUAGAUGGAGUUCCAAGGUGGAAAGGUGCUGUCUCUGGGUUGAAUCUUUUCCCCAUGUCCUUGGUGAGGCAAAGUGGUUGACUUAUAAUACAGAGUGUCUCUUUCACUGGAAAUGUCAUUUCAUUCUAAUCCAAUUCAGACAGUUUUUGUACAGAUGGUAAGCAGUCCUUCUACUACGUGUCCAUUGAGGCAAGCAUCUAUUAUUUCUGUCCUCCUCCAACUAAAUUUUCUUUGAACAACAGCUGAUUGCAGUUCGUUGUUUAAAGUGGGCUCCAGCCACAAUCUGGAGUUAUUCUGUAAACAAUCUACUUGUCCAAUGACUCAAAAAUUGGGUAUGGAGUGAAUUCCCAUCAAUCUAUCAACUGUUGUGUCCUUUGAACACUGAGGUUUUUUUGGCAAGAUUCUUGAUGACAACUUAAACAUCUUGCUGUUAGUAAUUCCUAAACUAAAGUCAUGUCUAGUUUGUAGGCUUCCUUCUUCCUCUCAGCUGAUAAAUGUGUCUUAUUAUGAAUGUUAGGAUCCCUCUUCUGAGACUCCAGAAAAUAUAACAAUAAGUAGAUGUGACUCCUAUCUAAAUAUUGGCACGUAUGGUUUAAAGAUUGUGGCAUUAUUCCUCCUUAUGAAAUUGUAUAUAUAUAUAUAUAUAUAUAUAUUAUAAAUGCCAUGUGUUGACCCCAUUCCAUUUUUCAUUCUAGUGUCAGCAUUCUAAUAGUGUUCAGCAGUGUACAAUAGAAAUACUUGGGCUAUAUAUAGUCUCUUUUGGAAGACGAUAAGAUAUAUUUUGACUUCUUGGUAUUUGUGAAUGGUAGCAUUUCUUUGAGUAACUUGCUCUCAAAGUCUCUACCUUGGUCAGGAUGGGUCCUAGCAGGAAAUUCUUCUGAGAAAUAUAUAUAUAUAUAUAUAUAUAUAUACUGAGAGAUACAUCUCCCACAAUAAUUUUGCAACCAUAGAAGUUUCUGAUGCUGGAUUCAGUAUGCCUAUGCAUACCUGGCAGCAUGAUCAGUAACCAUUAAGAUAUAACUUAAGUUCUUACUCUCUUCUUCCAGAGAUAAGUUGGUUAAGACAAGUUCCAAAGGUUUGACUGUGCUUGUGUUCUCCAAAUAUGAGGCACAAAGUGGUAGCUUUUCUUUCUACAUAAUGGACUCAUCUCACACUUCUUAGUAUUGCCAUUUCAGUAUUUUUUAUUCACUCCAGAACGCUUGACAUACAUGUCCAAUAUAUCAAUAUGAUGAUAGAAGUGGAGUGAUAUAUACUGUAUGGCACCAUUUGUUUCUUGGUACCAUUUGCAGGAUUAAUGAUAGUUCAAUAUAAGACUCCAUUAAACAGGUCUAACUUCUCCUAAUGGGUUAACAAAAAGACAAUUUCUAGCAAAAGAAACUGAAAGUCCUCUAACCUCACUUUCAUGCUUCUUGGCUUGUAUCACUUCUUACAGCCCAUCAGCCAUCUGCUUUUAUUAGCAGUCUUCUAAAGAUAAUUGAGGCAAAGAAAGUUCAAUGAAACAGGCUCAUGUAAGCCCUGACAUACAGUGUAGGAAAAGUCCCAAACUCUUAGUUACACAUCAACUUAGCCCUGACUCCGUGUCUUGGAACAUCAUCUAGUUUUUCACUCUCUCCUUCAGUAUCACUGAUACCUAGGCUCGGAGAAGCUGUAGCAUACAAAGCGUCCAAAACUGGCUUGGAAAAUGUGCUAAACUAGGUUGCAAAUAACAUCAGUAAUUUAGGGGAAAUGUCUACCCCAAGCAUGUGAAGACUUCUUCUGGUGGAAUGGGCGGAUGAGAACAAUUUGUUCCAACGGCCAUGAAGGCAGCUGAAGCAGGCACUGUGAAGUGCUUCUAGCUUGGUCAGACAUUAAAGACACUAAAGUCAUCCCCUGCAUCCAGGGCCAUCCCUAUUCCUGACUUUUGUCUUGCCACUGGUCUUGGAUAAUCUGGAAGAGAGAGUAAGGCUGUCAACUGCAAAUCUGCCUCACUUCCAGUUAGCAAGGGAGUCUAGACAUUACCCUGUGAUGUCAUUGGUCCUCUUCAAAAACAGGAUGAACAAAAAGGUAUCACUAUAACUUUGAUGUCAGGGGGUCCAUGAAAAAGGGUAUCUGUGACCAUAUUAAUCUUCCUUAGCAGUUUGUAAAUGCUGAAUUUUUAGUUAGCUAGUGUUUCUAUUCAUCUGUAAUAAAAAGCAUCCAAUUGGUGCUCAUCAAAAUAUGUCUCUGUAUAAUUGUAGAAUCCACAAGUGGAAUUUAAUUCUACAUACAAUCUUUGAACUUUUCAGUGAUAACCCACUUUAAAGUCAAGAACUUCAAUUAGUCUUUGGCAAAAUGGAUUCCACUGUCAUUGUCUUUCUGCUGGUAAAUGUAAUUGGUUCCUAGUGACCAUCACUUUCUUGGCACAGAUUGUUCCCAAAUCCUUCAGGUUGGCUUCUGUGUAUAGGACAAAAGGUUUGCCUGGAUUUUCAUGGGUCAACAUUUAUGUAUUCCUGAAUUGAUCCAAGCCUUUGAUAAUUAUUCACAUAUGCCCUUUCAUGGAAUCUAAAUGGCAUUGUAGGUUUUGAACCAAUGUGAUUUUUCUUGCCCUUCUCCUUCUGGUUUUCUUUGAUCAUGUAUGCAGGAGUGAGAUCAUUCAUUAGCUUAGCAAUAGCAGCAUAGUUCUUCAAAAAUCUGCAAAAAUAAACAAUAAAUGCUAGAAAUGUCCUCAGAUCUCAAAUGUUCUGUUGUGUGCCCAAUUUAAGAAACCUUCCUUCCUCUCUGGAUCAGUGGUCACACCUUGAGAUACUUUUUGACUCAUAACCUUGAGAGAGGCUGUGCUAGAAUUAACCAAUUGAUAGCUUCCUUUUGUGGUUCUAGCACUUGCAUUGAUCUUUCUCCUUCUGUCUUCCUAAAAGCAUUGAGGUCAUUUCUGUACAUCAACACUUUUAAGUAAUCCAUAUAUGACUAUUUUCUCCACCCACCCCACCUAAUUGAAAGUGGCAGGUACCACUGAGAUGUCUUGGUAUGUGAAACUAGCAAAAUCCAGCUAUAAUUGUCAAAAGUAAAACAAAACAGAAAAUAUGACAAUAAUGUUUUAAAAUAACAACAAUUUUCAAAUAUUUUGGAGAAAGUAUCUUGAAAAAAGGGAUAAAAAAUUAAAAUUCUUCCAAAAAUGCAUCAAGAAAAGGUGAACUAAAAUUAUGUUCAAACUGAAAAAAAAAAUACAGAGUGAAAAAUCUAUCUGCUAUUGUUUUUUCACUGCUACCACUUCUGCCAUCUUUUGUGGCUAUCAUCUUCUGCUGUUUUUCUGCUUAGCUGAACUAAAAUUUUGUUUCAAUUGAAAAAACAAAAUUGCUGUGAGAGUCCUGUGUGACUUUAGCGAUACUGCACACUCCUACUUAAAGAAAAAAAAAACAGAAGAAAAAAAUGUAAUCCGAGAUGUAACUUUCUUAUUAACUAUCAAGGACAAUAUAAGAGCUAUGGAAAAUCAAGGAAUUAUCCUUUGCCAUCCAUACAUGAAGGGAUAUCCUCCCACAAACUGAUGCCAAUGGGAAAAGAAACAUUCCCUGUACAUCUCAUUCUGCCAGAUAAAGCCCCAACAAUUGGCUAUGACUCAUAAUUCUUCUGCUCCAGCUUUGCAGCUUUCCUUUUUACUUUCAAAGCUGCCAUUUGCUGUUUCUCUGCCAAGCCACCAAUACAUGCUAGAGCUAUCAUCUGCUUCUAUGACAGCUCACUUCCUGCUGAGCUGCUGCCUUUGUCUGCUAUUGCUUCUUAGCUAAGUUGCAGCUAUCAUCUGCUGCUAUAUCUCUGCUUAGCUUCUGUCACCCUCUACUAUUACUUCUCUGCUUAGCCACUGCCACCAUCUGCUGCUGCUUCUUUGCUUAUCUGCCAUUUCCAUCUGCUUUUGCUUCUCUACUUCGCUUCUGCUGCCAUCUGCUAUUGCUUCUUUCCUAAGCCAGCACUGCCGCCAUCUUCUGCAGCUCUCACCUGCUGCUGCUUCGCUGCUUAGCUGCUGCUUCGCUGCUUUGCUGCUGCUUUGCUGCUGCUUCGCUGCUUAACUGCUGCCUCCAGCUAGUAUUGCUUCUCUGCUUAGCUGCUGCCAUCAUCUGCUGCUGCUUCUCUGCUUAGCUUCUGCCAACUGCUAUUGCUUCUCUGCUUAGCUGCUAUUGCCAUCUGCUGCUGCUUCUCUGCUUAGCUUCUGCCAUCAUCUGCUGCUGCUUCUCUGCUUAGCUUCUGCCAUCAUCUGCUGCUGCUUCUCCGCUUAGCUUCUGCCAUCUGCUCUUGCUUCGCUGCUUAGCUUCUGCCAUCUGCUGCUGCUUUUCUGCUUAGCUUCUGCUGCCAUCUGCUGCUGCUUCUCUGCUUAGCUUCUGCUGCCAUCUGCUGCUGCUUCCCUGCUUAGCUUCUGCUGCUGCUUCUCUGCUUAGCUAACUGCUACUCUCUACUAUUGCUUUUCUGCUUAGCUACUGUCACCAUCUGCUGGUGUUUUUCUGCAUAGCUGCCACAUCAUCUGCUAUUGCUUCUUCAUUAAGCUACUGCUGCCCUCUUCUGCAGCAAUCACCUGCUAUUUCUUCUUCAUUAAGCUCCUUUUGCCGGCUACUCUUGCAACUCCACUAAGAUGCUGCUGCCAUCUUCUGGAGCUAUCUUCCUCUGCUGUUUCCUCUUCUUAGUUCCUACUGCUGUUUAUUAUUGCUUCUCUGCUUAGCUACCGCCACCAUCUGCUGCCACUUUUCUGCUAAUCUUCUUAAGGUAUCAACAGCUACUAUUUAGCUGCUGCUGCCAUGCAUUUCUCAUUCUUCACUAAAGUGCUGUAACCUUGUGCUAUAGCUAUCAUCCACUACUGCUUCUCUACUGAGGAGCUACUACCAUCUGCUAAAGCUCUCAUCUACUGCUACUCCUCUUCUGAGCUCUUUCUGACAGCUGCUUCUCUCCUGCUGUCAUCUGCAGUUGCUACUCUUCUAUCCUGUUGCUAUCAUCUUCUAUAUGCUUCUGUGGCUUUUUCUCCUUCUGGAAAGUAUAUCAACAAUUUCUUGUGAAACUGUUCCAGGCCAACAUGCCUGGGAGCUAAUCACCACAUUGUCAUCACUUUUAAUAGGAACCACACACCACAUUGGUCUAAUAUUCAUUCAGAUGGCUGUCAAGAUCUUGUACUUCUUCAUUUGUUUCCCUCUUCCUCCACCCACCCCCACCCUAACAAGGAAAGGCUCUCAACCCUAACUCUAACCCUAACCCUACUUAUCAUAAGUAAAUUCCUUUCAUCUCCCAUCAUGCCCUUGACACUGAGUAGCUGGCCCAUUCUAAUAAUUUAAAGUUUCAAUAAACCUUAAGAAGGUUUUAUCAACUCCCUUUCACUUCCCACAUUCUUCUCUUCUUCCUCCUUCCCUGAGUCCUUUUGCUUCUCUUUCAGCUCAAAUCUCACCUCCUUUCCUCCUCCUCCAAUCCAUAUAUUCAAGUCUCUUUUCUUCUUUAGCUGUUCUUCAGCUGUGUAGCUUUUCUCUUCCAUUAGCUUAAAUAAUCUUGCUGAAAAGCAAUGUCAACACCUAUCAGCCUACUUCUUCCUGCUUAAUUCCUCCUUCCAGCAUCUGCCCCUACUUUGCAUCCUAUCUUCUGGUCUGUGCUCCCAUCAAAACUGAAAAGUACUACCCAGUUACUGUGGCUUCCACAAUUCCUCAAAAACCUGCUUUUGCCACUGCUGGUUCCUUUUAUCCCUCUCACCACCAUAAUAUGGAAACCCCUUCUUUAUAAUUCUUAGUUCUCCAGAAGCCCAUGUAACCAACUUGGAACUCCUCAGAUUCCUUCACCAUAAAUUCUGUGCAGGCCUGCUACCUUUAGUUUGAAUUUUUUAUAUUUCUUCUCUCAAUUUGAGCCAAUUAACAGUCACUUCUAUAAUUUUACCUCUUGCUAGGAGGACUGUCUGCCAUUCCUUUACAAUUUGAUACUUUUCUUCUGUUAUGAGUAGGUAACCAAGCUUGUUAGCUUUGUUUAAAAAUAGGGAGUACAGCUCUGAAUGAGUUUCCAAGGAAUAAAGUUUGACUUUAAUGGUAGGGGUUGCUAUCAGCUACUUUAGGGAAUCAAAGACCUGUUUCUGGAGUCAGAGAGAUGCUCUCCAUCAUUGAGAUCGUGGAAGUCUGACCUCCACUUCAGUGGUGAGUUCAUCUACAUGAACACUGACAAAAGUCAGGAGUAGAUUGGUAAUGAGAAUCUAUUAAGACAAUACAUACAAAACACUUUGCAAACCUUAAAGCAUUAUUUAAAUGUUAGUUAUUAUUUCAGUGGAUCUGUGGUAAUGAUGGGAGUACCUCUUCUAACACCGAAGACUACAAUUUAUCCAUUUUUGUCCACAUCCUUCCAUUCAUCUUCCAUAGGUUAAAAUAGGAAUUAGGAAACAGAAAGGCUCAAAAUUGAAAUUCUUUACAUAAUACUUUAUAAAGCACUUACCUCCCAACAUCCCUAUAAAGUAGGUAGUAAACAAGCAUCCUUGUUUAAUAAACAAAGAAAAUGAAACUCAGAAAUGUCAGAAAGUAAGUGUUCACUGUUCUUUCCACUACAUGUAGUGUCUUAACAGCCAGAAAAAAUAUAUAAUUAAUAUAACAAGAAAAUAAAUGAGCAUUGAGUUAUUCAAAGCAAAAAAAAAGGAAAAAAAAGAAUAGUAUAUCUUUUCACUUAUGCUGCUUCCUGCUUUUACUCAUCUCCCUCCCUCCAACUGUGUCAUGACUAUCUCUUUUCAAUACCCUGUGAAGAAAUUUCACGUGGCUUUGACAGAAAUGUACUUGGCAAAAGGUCUAGAAUAUUUAAAUAGUUGCUUAAUGAGAAGAAUUUCAAGAAUGCAAUUUUAUUUGAGCAAAUUAUCUAGAUUACAAAUGUUACAAUCCCAUUCUAUGUACAAAUAAUUUUAUGCUUUCUAACUUGAAUGGAGUCUCAUUUGAUUUAUUGGGGACCCUGUUCUACACAAAAACCCUCAGUUAUAGGAUCCUAUAAUUUUGACAUUUACUAGUAACAUUAUCCUUGGGAUUGAUAGCCUAUAAAAGCUUAAUGCUAUGACUAAACAAAUCACUAACUUGACCCCAUCAAUUAUCCAGCUUUAUAAUUCCUUCUAAUUCUCCACCCCUAGCUCCACAGUAAAUUCUAAGCUAAAAUUUCCAAUACUUUUUUUAGGAUAAUAAUAAUAUUGCUUUGUAAACUGUAGAGUGUGCUUGAGAUAUGAGCUAUUAUUGUAGUAAAACACAAUUUUAGGAUAGGCAUUACAGGGGAAAACUAGUUCCAGAGGAAAAGCAAAAUGAGCAUAUUUUAUAACUUUAUGGCAGGCUUUGAAAUUCAAAAUUAGUCCACAUUGAAAUUGGCCAUUAUAUCUCCUUCACUAUGAUUCUCCAACAUUAUUUCUUUAGUAGGUACUAGUAAUAUUCUUAGUAGUGAUACCUAGCAGCUGUCCUGCUGAAGGCUAUUACUCCCCUGCUCUCAUUUCUAGAGAGUGGGUGGAACCGAUUACUACAUAAAUACAACUAGCUAGAACACCACAUUUUCAGUGUGGUAAUCAAAGGAUUUCCUGGUGACCCAGAGAUUUAUUAGUUUUGUUAAUAAUCUGUAUUCUAAGACUUCUAGCAUUGUACAGAAAAAGAAGCCAUGUGGAAUUGGGGCCCAAACCCUAAACCAGAGAUUCUUGAUCUUUUUGUGUCAUAAACCCCUUUGGCAGCCAAAUAGGCUUAUUGGCUCUUUUUCAAAACAGUGUUUUCAAAGGUAUAAAAUAAAAUAUAUAGGAUUAUAAAAGAAAUCAGUUAAAUUGAAAUUAUUAUCAAACUCUAGGCUAAAACCUUCAUGAGCUAAUUUCAUUAUCUCUCAGCUGACAAGUCAUAAAGGGUCUUUGGAAGGAGUGGGGACAUUAAGUCCUCACAGUAACUAAUAUAUUAAAUGUAAGUCAUCUAGAAAGUAAGUCAAGCAGCAAGCCAGAGAAGUGAAAAGGCUCCAGCUACUAUAGAGUCAGUCUCCUAGAAAGCAUCCUACUUCUGCCACUGCUGCUACAUUCUCCAUCAUUGUCUAGCUCCCUUAGUCACUCACUUCAGCUCUCUGAAUCUCUCUGCAAUGGAAAAAUUCAACCUUCCACUUCUGAUCCCACACUAGCUUUAUCUUUUCUUGUGCUGGGGAAAACUACAAUUCCCAACCCAGUUAGCAACUUAGCCCCUAUUCCAAGUCAGCCAGUUUGAACCUUGCAGGAAUAACUCUUUGCUCAAGCCCAGCAUUUGUUUGGAGUACUAUGGCAGCUUUAUCCCAAUUCUAAUUUGCAAACAAUUAGAUAAUGUAUCUCCAUUUUAUUUAGGGAGUAGAUAUUAGUAUAUGUUUCUAGGAAAUGAGUUUUAUCUUUAAUAAAAGAACAAUUUGUCCAAAUGGGUAUCCCAAAGGCUAUAUCGAUUUAUUCCUAAAUAAUUUUGGAGACUAAGAAAGGAGUAUAUGCUACAACAAAAAGGAACCUUCCUGAAGCCGUUUAAAUUUCCUAUCCUAUUUAUUUAUAAAAAGCAAUGCCCUCAUAUCUGGUCAGAGCAUGAGUGUUGGGUCCCUUGCAGACUGGGAAUGGUAAUCAUUUUCAUCAACCAACAUUUAUUGAAUACCUAAUGGGUGCUCGAUUAGGGGGCUAGGCUAGAAAGCAACUGAACCCUUCUAAAUAAGUUCUCUUCUUGAAGAAUCUGACUCUAAAGACCAGAGGACGACAACUACAAUAUGAUGUAGUGGAAUGACAACUGUACUUGGAGCCAGGAGAUCUGGGGUCAUGUCCUAGUUCCAACAGUCAUAAAAGUGUGACCACGGAUGAGUCUCUCAGCCUCCUUGGGCUUCAAUUUCCUCAGCUGCAAAAUGGGGAUGGUAACAUUUCCACUACCUACCUCACAGGGUUGUUGUGGGGAGUGAGCUUUGGAAAUGUUAAAGCUUUCAUCGAAAUAUGAGUUACUAAUAGAAGCAGCAUAGUGAAGUGUAAGAAGCAUUGAUUUGAAGUUGAGUUCUGCUCUGCUAUCCUUCCUCCUCCAUUUAUAACCUGUCUGGCUUUUGGCCAGUGGCGCACCUUCUCUAGCCUUCAGCUUCAUCUUCUACAAAAUGAAGGGACUGGACUAGAGAUAAUCUCUAAGAACCUUCCCAGCUGCAGAUCUAGGAACACAGUAAAAGUUUCUUGGUGAAGGCUAUUCACAUUUGUAGAUCCCAUACCAUUAUCUUAUCUCUAAAUGGAAAGAAACAGUGUAAAAUCAUGGAAAGAGCUCCAGACAUUGGUUACAACUCUUGUUCCUCCCCUUACUAUCUAUGUGUGAUGCUCAGCAGGUCAUUUAACCUCUGAGCCUCAGUUUCCUCAUCUGUCAGUUGGGAAUAAAAAUAUUUUACCUACCUCACAGGGUUGUUGUGAGGGAAGUGCUUUGUAAACUGUGAAGCUGUAGAAACAUAAAGCCAUUGUUAUUAUGAACUAUUUCUAUUGUAUUAGAGUUUUAUUGUUUUAUCACUUUUAGUAUUGUAACUUUCCUGUUAUCUUUACCAUUUUUAUUGCCUUUAGUAAAUCUAGAUUAGUUUUAGGAUUCUUUUUAUUACAUCAAACUGGCUUUAGUAUUUUAAGGCUGCUUUUUAGUGUUUUAAAUCUUACCAUUUUGCUCUUAACAUUUUAAGAUUGCCUUCUUAUGUCUUAGUUUUACUGUCAUAAAGACUAUUGUCCUCAAGACUUAUGGUCUUAGUUUAACUGUCCUAAAAUUGCUAUUCGUAUCUUAAGCUUUCCUACAGUGAAUGACUUUAGGUUGUUUUAGGCUGUUCUUUUUAUUAUUAGAUUGCUUUUGCUUUUAGUCUAGACCUUAAUCUGUGACCUAGAUCUUGAAGUUCUUGUGUUGUUUUCCCUAUCAAGCUGUUUUGGGUGAUCUGCUAAAAUGUUAUCCUCUCAUUCCAUCUUAUUGCCUUCAGUGUUUUCAAAUAAAGAGUCAUUUCUCAAAA